CUACGAUAUCAAGCCACCCUGUCCCUAACCCAACCCCUGCCCUAAAACCUAACCAUUAAGAGUCACCUGACGCCCUCAGGACACUCUCUAGGCGAUAUUCCCGAGUGCUGCAGCAUCUGGCUAUGCGAAGUGCUACUGCGCAAGUCUGUUUUGUCGUAAAUUGUUCUCUUCCGGUUUUGUGCUGACGAGGCGUAAGGCAAAGAGUUAGGUGGCGUUGAAUUUUGUGCUCGCUUAGACGUGUCAGAUUUAGCAGACUGAGACUCGGUUGAAUUCACACAGCAAGCAUGGCUCCCAAAAGCAGUAGCAAACAGCAGUCCGAAGAAGACCUGCUUCUGCAGGAUUUCAGCAGGAAUCUCUCCGCCAAAUCAACUGCGCUUUUCUACGGCAAUGCUCUCAUCGUCUCAGCCAUUCCCAUCUGGCUAUUCUGGAGGAUAUGGCACAUGGACCUGGUCCAGUCAGCAGUCCUCUACAGUGUCAUGACUCUUGUGAGCACCUACCUGGUUGCCUUUGCCUACAAAAAUGUCAAAUUUGUCCUUAAACACAAAGUUGCCCAGAAACGAGAAGAUGCCGUUUCUAAGGAAGUCACUCGCAAACUUUCUGAGGCAGAUAACAGGAAGAUGUCUCGCAAGGAGAAGGAUGAAAGAAUCCUGUGGAAGAAAAACGAGGUGGCAGAUUAUGAAGCCACAACCUUCUCCAUCUUCUAUAACAACACGCUGUUCCUGCUCUUGGUGAUCAUCGCUUCAUUCUUUCUGCUGAAGAGCUUCAACCCAACAGUAAAUUACAUCUUGUCCAUCAGUGCUUCCUCUGGACUGAUUGCCCUGCUGUCUACAGGAUCCAAGUAAUUGACUUGAGCAACCAUUCAGAGAAAUACGAUGGCCAAUACAGUUGGGUGGGGUGGAUUUGUGUUUUUUUAUGUCUUCAUCUGAGACUAGGUUUUUGAACAAAAAUUAGACUUGGACUUUAAACUCAAUAUACAGAGCCUUAAACCUCACAAUAAAACAUUAUUAUUUUUUUGACAA